GAGAGGAGGAAAAAAAUACAUGAAAGAAUAUGUACACUAUGAUUCCAUUCAUAUGAAGUUUCUAACAGAGAAACCUCAGCUAUUGAACAGAGAAGAUAAUUAAGUACAAAACCCAUAAAAUGCUACAUGAACAAGGACGCGACUAUCAGGAUGGUGAACAAGAAGCACGGAUGAGUAAAGGGGAGAUUCCUUUCAUUAUGAUUAUUUGUUUAUCCAACCUUAUAUGUUUGAUGUACUUUUCGCUAUUAUUUUAAUUUUUGCAAUAAAAGGAAAUAAAAAGAUGAAAAACAAUCUUGGAGCUGACUGGGGUUUGCAACUGAAACCUGAUAGCACAAAUGACAUGGUAGGAGGUAGGCAGAGCAAUAAAAAAGGAGAGAAAGUGAUUGGAGAAUAAUAUAGCAGGAAUGGUAUUUAUUCAAAGACAGCUCACCACAGGACAAGGAGCACCCUGGUAGAAGUGGAAGGCUUCUUCAGUCAGAAAGAAACUUCCAAGGCAAGUUCCCCAAAGGAAAAUGAGCACCAAAGGCAAAGUCAUUAAAUGCAAAGCAGCCAUCGCCUGGGAAGCAGGCAAGCCCCUUUGCAUUGAAGAGGUGGAGGUAGCUCCCCCCAAGGCUCAUGAAGUUCGAGUGCAGAUCGUUGCAACUUCCCUGUGCCAUACUGAUGCCCUUACCAUCGACCCUAAAUUUGAGGAUGCUCCUCUCCCAGUGAUCCUUGGCCAUGAGAGCGCAGGAAUUGUGGAAAGUGUUGGGCCAGGAGUGACCAACUUCAAACCAGGUGACAAAGUAAUUCCAUUAUAUGCACCUCAGUGUAAAAAAUGCAAGUUUUGUCUGAGUCCACUCACAAAUAUUUGUGAAAAACUCAGUCGAGAUAAAAAUCCUGCUACUGACCAAGAACUAAUGGCAGACAAGACCAGCAGGUUCACCUGCAAAGGAAAAUCAAUUUACCACUUCUUGGGAAUCAGUGGGUUUUCUCAGUAUACUGUGGUGUCAGAUACUAAUCUUGCCAAAAUUGAUGAUGAUGCAAAUUUACAGAGAGUUUGUCUGCUUGGAUGUGGGUUUUCAACUGGCUAUGGGGCUGCUAUCAACAAUGCCAAGGUCACACCUGGUUCUACCUGUGCUGUCUUUGGCCUAGGAAGCGUGGGUCUUUCUGCCAUAAUGGGUUGUAAAAUAGCAGGAGCUUCCAGAAUCAUAGCUAUUGACAUCAACAGUGGGAAGUUUCCAAAGGCCAAAGCCCUAGGAGCCACUGACUGCCUCAAUCCUAGAGACCAAAACAAACCCAUCCAGAAGGUCAUCACUGAAUUGACAGGAGGAGGUGUGGAUUUUUCCCUUGACUGCGUAGGUGGAUCUGAAGUCAUGAGAGCAGCCUUUGAGUGCACAACAAUAGGCGGAGGAACUUGUACUCUCAUUGGAGUAGCUGCUGGUGACAAAGGAUUGACUAUUACGACGCCAGAACUAAUAUUGGGCCGUACUAUAAAUUCAACAUUCUUUGGUGGUUGGAAAAGUGUAGAUUCUAUUCCAAAACUAGUUGCUGACUACAAGAAUAAGAAGUUCGAUCUGGAUACCCUGGUGACCCACACCCUGCCUUUGGACAAAAUCAAUGAGGCAUAUGACCUAAUGAACCAAGGAAAAAGCAUCCGAACAGUCCUGAUCUUGUGAAGAUGCCAGGAGUGAUUUGGAACACAUCUGAUUGAAUCUGAACCUGGUUAAUUUAUUACCUGAUACAAUGAAACAAGGAAAGCUAUGAAUUUAAACAAAUAUUCGUAGUUAAUAUCUCAACAUAAAAGAACUUUACAACAGAAUUUGUACACAUAAAAUAUAUUUUCCUAUGUUAAAUAUGAUAAUUAAAGUGUUUAGGAAUAGAAUAUGAUGUCUAGAGGUUGUUUAAAACUAGUUCUGAGAAAAUAAAGGUGGGGAAUGAGAUAUUUAAUAAAUAAAACUAGAUUGGAACAUGUUCGUAAUUGUUUAGGUUGGGAGAUGACUAUAUGGAGUUUCAUUAUACUGUCUAUGUUGAAAAUUUUCCACAAUAAAAAGAUUUUCACUGAAAAAAA